GAGGCACUACCUGGGUAAUGUGGUGGCGCGGAUCUUCCAGGACGACUCACUGCUGCUCAACUUGAUAGGGCGACAGGCAUACACCGCCUUCAUCCCCACCAACGACGCCCUCAGCAAGUAUGACGGGCCCAAGGACUUCAACCUGAUUCAGUACCACUUGGUGAACCUGCCGUACAUGGUGCAAGAGAUGCCAGAUGAGAUGAACACUGAAUUGUCUGGCAAUCCUCGUGUCUACAUGUCCCGCCUGCCCUCGGGCAAAUCUGCCCUCAAGGGCUGGGAGGAUUACAACUACUACAUCAACAAUGCCAAAAUCAUUGCUGCCAACCAUGUUGCCCAUAAUCGUGAGGGGCUCAAGCAGGUUCUUCACAUCGUAGACCAAGUGAUUACUCCCACACGAAUCAAGACCGCACCCAAUGUAACUAUUGAUGCUGGCUACAUUAACCCAGAUGCUCAGAAGCUGCUGUUGAAGCCUCACCUCUAUGGUCUGGUUGAUGCUUACAGUAUCUCAGAAUUUGAAAAACGUGUUUCUGGCUUAGGUCUCCUUAAUGUUUUCAACAUGACUGGAAAGAACACCUUCUUCAUCCCUGUGAACCAAGCACUGAAUCUUUUAAUGCGCACGGACCAGGAGCUUGUAGACAAGCAAGUCAUCCACAGCCAUGUUGUGCCCAAGAAGGUCCUCUUCACACGUACUGUGGCAAAUUCACUUGAGCAGUUCGAGAGUUAUGCCUUCACAGACAACCUGAAGGUGUUUAUCUCAAUGGAGAAUGUGUCCAACUCUGACAGUGAGGGAAUGACUUAUUAUGUCAAAAGUAAUACAGUGGCCAGUGACAUCUCACACUACAAGGGAACAGUUCUGGCAAGGAUUGUGAAAGGAAACAUUCCAGUUAAAAAUGGCGUCGUCCAUCUCAUUGAUAGACCCCUAAUGGUUGUAGCUUCAAGCAUCAUAUCUUACUUGCAGGAGAGCGAGGGUCAGCUGAGCAAGUUUUAUAAUUUGAUACGUGAGCACUACCCAGACCUGACUGACCUCCUGGUGGUGGAGAAAGAUCUCACUCUCUUUGCUCCCUCCAAUGAAGCCUUUAAGAAGGUCAAUGCAGAGCGACUUGAACAGGUGAUACUUAAUUCUGAUAAGCUGGAAAAACUGCUAAAGCUGCACAUCAUAAAACGUCGUCUCACCACAGAUGAGAUUGUGGAAAAAAGCUCUAGGGAGAUCUUCCAGGAGGAAACUAUUCAACACCGCAAACUUUAUUUUGCCAUCAACCAACAAAACAAGCCCGUUCCUGUAGUGUCCAUGGAGGGAGGUGGUGUGAAUGCCACCAUAACAACACCAAACAUUGCUGCCAAAAAUGGAGUAAUUCACAUCAUUGACCGUAUUCUAGGCAUUCCUUCUCAGACUGUAUAUGAGAAACUUGCCUCUGAUCCUAUGCUCAGCUUGACCUUCUCUCUGAGUGAACAAGAUCAUUGGAAUGAACGCCUUAAAUCACGCAACGAAAGAUUUACUUUGUUUGUGCCAAGUAAUGGUGCGUGGGAGAUGAUCCAUCGCAAAUUGCCCUCGGCCUACAAGAAACUCUUUAUGGGCACCUUCGCCUACCAUGUAAAAUAUAUUCUGGAACGUCAUAUGAUAGUGGGACAAGAUCUGAGCCUGGAAGAGUUGACUGCCCUCACCAACAACGCCACCAAAAGAGGACAAUAUUUUGAGGAACGUCUUGAGAUGACUCGUGGAAAGAUCUAUUUCCAAGCUAGAGUUAACUACAGACUUAAUGGUACAGACUUCAUAGAUACAGGUGACACAGAAGCUACCAAUGAUACUAACAAGUACUUCCUGGAGUGGAACGGCAUUAAGGCACGGUUUCUCCGCACAGACGUUGAAUGUGUCAAUGGAGUGGUUCAUGUCAUUGAUAAAGUUUUAAUGAUGAAUCGUGAUGUUACUGUGUCUGGCUCUGCAGUGCCUACAACUGGAUUGGCUACUUUCAUUGCCACAUUUGUCACAGUUGCCUUUGCUCGUGCUCUUCAUCAUUAAAAGAAAACAAGAACAAGUUAAUGAACAUUCUUGUUGUUACUGUUGGAAUAAAGGGAAUUUUUUGCUUGAUAUUCUCAGCAGAACCCAACUUGUUUCACUGAGUUCAAGCUGCCCCCUGUAAGACCUUUGUGACUUUUUGUUACCAUCUAUUAAGGAUAUUGGAAAUGAUAAACACAAAUGGAAACAAAAUGACUAGAACCUUUCCUUGUAACUUGUAGUUACUAUAUAAAUUAUGAAAACAUUUGUUAAAUUCUUUAACAGGUUUGUUGUUUAAAUGUGGUACAACAUAUCAAUAGGGCUAAAUAUGCAAUGUCUCAGUUAUAGUUAUUUCCAAGGUCAUCAAAUUUACAAUGUAAGUUAUUGUUCAGAAUGAGAUAUUUGCCCAGUAUUGAUCAACUAUAAAUCAAAACAAAAAAAUCUUGCUGGUUGUAAGACAACCCAGAUGAUCUAUGGAUAAGAAACCUGUAAUCAGACUGCAAAUUGUAUUUUAUAUACUUUUUAAAACAUGGAUAUGCAGUUGUAUCAGACCCCAUUCUUAACUAGACAAGAAUUAACAACAAAAGUUACCUAUACAUAAGGCUGUAAUUUGCAUAUCUCAGAUACCACAACAAUACUUGGUAUAAUGUUCCUUUCAAACUCUUACACCACGUUUCAUGCAGUUCACCUAACAGGAAUUAUUAAGUUGUAUCAUAAAUGUUGCUAAAAAUAAAAACAUACAAUUUAAUUAUCACAAUUUGACCAUAACAAGGGCCACUCAUACACUUAGUUAUUAUGAAGAGGAUUUUCAUGAAUAAUAAAAUAAUAGUUGAUGCAUAAAACUGCCAUGUAUAAUAAGCUUGUGUAUAUUUUCACUUUAAAAUUUUACAUAACAAGUUUCUGAAAGUAAUAGAAUUUGAAAUCAAAGCUUAAGCAAGUACAUUUUUAAUGCAAUAAUCAAAGUAGAAUCACAUGCUGGCUCAUGGUACACUGGCAUGCAAUAAAAUAUCCCAGCAUCAUCUGUUGUAGCCUUCAAUAUGUUAUCCAUGCAAGUAUUUAGUCAUAAACAGAUUGAUUUAGUUAUAUAUUAUUGCAAAAUUUAAUUUAGUCAGUGGUACAUUCUACACUAAAGAUCAAGCCAGACUGUAUGCAUGGAUGUCAAUGUUAAACAUUUGUAUAUAUUAAAAUAGCCAGACAAAGCUCCAGCUUCAAAAGGCUGUGAGCUCUUGAUGAGUUGCCAAGAAGCAAAAGCUUUAGCAUCCAAACUUAAAACACAUGAAGGAAAAGCGAAUUCGAAUUACUACUGUAAGUUAAAGUGAAUUAGUCCUGUAUAUGUUAAGUCUAUUUUCUUCAUUGUAUUAAAAUAUAUCACUGAAGUCUACUGACAAGUGAAAUUUGAUUGAAGUGUUCCACUGCUAAAAACUGGAGAUUACUCAGUACAAGUGUUCGUCUCACCCAAAAGAACAUUAAUUCCACUCCCUGCCUGUUUGCCUUAAAGUGGAAAGAUUAAUUGCUUCAACAUCAACAGUGUUCUUUUCAGUUGUGAUGCACAUCAGACAAGUUUUCCUUACUCUUUAAAUACAUCUAUCCUACAUAGAUUAACUUUCAUAGCAAUUCAUCAAUACUUAAAUGCCUCAGUUAUUUUUGUAUGAUUAUGUUCAUUGAUAUUGUUAUAGUUUAUUGUAGUUCUCGGUAACUACAAGGGAAAUUAGAGGAGGCAUAUUUUUGGUGAUCUAGUCAGCAUAGUGAUGUACAGAAGUCAAGACUGCAAUCUUUAAUACACAGACACAAACAUGUUUUUCAUAUACAUAGUCAUGCAAGCAAAGUAUUUUAGCACUACAUGCACAUAUGAUUACCUUAAGAUGUACAUAAUCCUAUCACUGCCAAUGAUAUCUUCAUGCAGUGUAAUGUCGAGACACUGAAGCUUCAAAGUGCUUCAGAAGCAGCUUCAAGUAACUUCUUUUCUUUGUGUAAAUUACCUUUACUUGUGUAAAGUUUUAACAACAGUAGUUAAGUAAGGAUGGGAAGAUCCUUGAAGUGCUUGUAUGGUAGCUACUGUUAAAGGUGGUUUGUGUAUUGUACUGAAAAAGUUGUCAGUCAUUCCACCCUGAUUUGGGUAAUUAAUGACUGUUCACAUAAAUAGAAGACUUUCAACUUUUUCAAUUAAUGAGGCAUCUAUGUAAUGAUCAAUUGGUGUUUUUUUUUAUUUGAAGAGUUGACUUGGUUAUACAUAUAUUCCUGUUCACAUGGUGAAUGUUAUUCAUUCAUAUGAAGUUCAUUCCUAAUUUCAUUUGGCAGUUGAGAACAUUUUGAAGUUAUAGUGUGACCUUCCCCUAAAUGAUUGGUUAAUUAUUUCAUAACAAGAAAUAUCACUUCUGUGUGAAGAUGAUACACAAUGCCUAUUGUAAUUAUUAUUUUCCAGGAAAAUUAGAAAUAAAGGCAUCAUCAUUUCUGUACAUAGGACUGUUUGAUGUUGAGUGUGUAUUGUAGAAUUAUGUAGGAAUGUUGCAGCCUAUCUCAUGGAAAUGUCUGUGAGAGCAGAGAAAAUGUGUUCUUUGUGUCUUCAGUGCUAUUUAGGUGAAUCACUUUCAUGAAAAAUGAGAUGCCCAGCGUCAGUGUUACAAGUUUAUAUGUAAAUUAUAUGUAUUGUCUUUUCAAAGAUCUCUGUACAAUAGUGUGGACUGAUACAUUGUGAGGUGAUACACCCUUUCUCAGUGUAGGUGAUGAGUGUAAGGGGUGCACACAAUCAUCCCAAGGAAGUCAUUCCUCUUUUCUUGAGAAUAGUGUUUAUCACUGCUCAUCACUUGGCAGGUCUUGGGCAUCUUAGCAGAAGGUAACAGAAAUAGAGAUAUGGAGUAUUUCAGUUGUGUUAGUUGCUCUUGGUCUGUGUGUAAAAAAGUACAAGAUGCAAUCAACUCAAGUGUUUACACCACAACCGUUUUUUUGUGACCAGACUCAAUGCUUCUGAUUUUCAAGCCAUUGUAAAUUUGGCAUUGUGCACUAUGAGAAGUUUGCUGUGGGAUAUUUUUCCUAAGCAAGAUUUAAAUUGUAAAGGAAAUUUUGCUUUCUUUCUUCCAUCAUCUGUAAGCUUUGCUAAGCAAGAUUUUAUUUCAGCAUCAUUUAAUUAAACACACUUCUGUAGUAGGUCAAGCAACUUUCACUUUUGAGAUUUGAUUGGUGAUCAACUGCUUCAGAUAGAUCUUCAGUUUGGGAUAUCUUUUCUAUUGAGGAGCAAACUGGAAGUGAAUCUCUGAUGUUUUAUCUAAAGCUUUUUAUCACUUUCCCAAUGCUCGUGAUGGAAUGGAAGUUGGCAUUUCUGCCUAGCUUUUACAUAGUGAUUAUUUAUGAUGUAAGUGUAGAACUCUAUCACGUAUCUUAGGAGAUUAUUUUGAUGUCAACAGUCAGUUAAUUAAUAAAUAAAUAAAGCUGUAAA